AUGACGGCUUGCUCUCAUGUUCUAAGCACUGUACUAAAACCACCUUCCUUGCACACAAAAAUAUACAAAGAAGAAUGUACACAGUGCUUCGAUACACAGGAUUUACCCCUUGGAAUUGAUGUUUGCUUAACUUGCUUUAAUGCUGGAUGUCUCGAUCCUACACGUCGACACGCUUUUCUUCACUACCAAAAAACUGCACACCCCCUAGUUCUAAAUAUACAUCGUUUGAUCAAGGAUAAACCUAAAAGGGCAAAUGAAAUUGAGGAACCACCUCAGAAAAUCAGUAAAUUGGCUAUCGUUCCUGAGUCUGACGAAGAUAAACAUGAAUUCAUCACACAUGUCAAGUGUUAUGCUUGUGGAGGCGUAGAGAUUGAAAGGACUAUUGGCCAACUUCCCAUUGUCAUAGAUUCAUUAAUGGCAUCUACAUCUGCAAUAAAACAAUCUGAAAUCCAGGCUUGGGAAGAAAAGAUAAUUGAGUGUGAUCACGUAAAAAAUUUAGAGCAACAAGAAUCUAAACCUUUCGAGGCACAAGCCUUAUCGCGUUGUAAUGAUUGUGAAUUGAAAGAAAACCUUUGGAUGUGUCUGAUUUGCGGUAAUAUUGGAUGUGGACGUCAGCAAUAUGGAGGACUGCCUGGGAAUGGUCAUGGAGUAGCCCAUUAUGAAAAAACAAAACAUCCAGCUUCUUGUAAGCUCGGUACAAUAUCACCUGAGGGUACUGCAGAUGUAUACUGUUACCAGUGUCAUGAAAUUAGAUUAGAUCCAUAUAUAAGCAAUCAUUUAGCAACUUUUGGGAUUCAAAUUGAAUCGAGUCAAAAGACAGAAAAAAGCACUACUGAAAUGCAACUUGAGCAUAAUUUGAAGUUCGACUUCAGUAUGACUACUGACGAUGGUAAAGAAUUGGAGACAUUGUAUGGACCUGGUUAUACAGGUAUAAAAAAUCUUGGAAACAGUUGUUAUAUGGCUUCUGUCUUACAAUCGGUAUUCUCUUUGGAUGCAUUCCAACAAAGAUAUUAUCCCAACGCGCUUGAACAUAAUGUAAUCUGUGAAAAAGAAGCUGGCAGAUGUCUGAAUUGUCAAUUAUCCAAAGUUGCUGAUGGCUUAUUGAGCGGAAGAUAUUCAAACUGCAUUGAAGCAAUUGAAGCGAGUGAAGAAGAACGCUUAAAAGAUGGGAUUACACCGUCAAUGUUCAAGGCACUGAUAGGUGAAGGACAUCAAGAAUUCUCAACAAUGAGACAACAGGACGCUUUAGAAUUUUUUCAACAUCUUAUAACCAUGAUUGAAAGAAAUGAUCAUACGAAUACCAGUAACGACCCCACCAGAAUUUUUAAAUUCUCAGUACAAGAACGACUUCAAUGUUUGGAAUGUAAACGGGUGCGAUAUUCUCAACUUACAGAAUCGCAUAUUGGCAUUCCCGUCCCUGCUCGUAAGAUAACCAACGCUGAAAGUAAUGAAGAAAAUCUAUAUGAACCAGUAACUUUAGAACAAUGUCUGCAAUCUUUUGGAGCUGAUGAUAUGAUUGAACACUACAGCUGUCCUUGCUGCAAUAAGGCAACUCAGGCUCUUAAGAAUCGAAGGUUUAUUACUUUCCCUGAAAUACUUGUAAUUCAAUUGCGAAGAUUCGAAACGCGGCGAUCAGAAUUUGAACAUUACAUUCCUAGAAAAAUACCUGCACCUGUGAUAAUUUCUGAAGAAAUAAUCAAUUUUGAUAAUUAUUUGGCUCAUGGAAAACAGCCAAAUGAGGAAUUGCUUCCUGAAGAAAAUAAAAAUAAUGUGCCACAAUUUGAUCAAAACGCUCUCGAUCAAUUGCUUAGCAUGGGAUUUCCGGAAAUUCGUUCUAAAAAAGCUUUAACUGCGACCGGAAAUUCAGGUGCAGAAAGUGCUAUGACUUGGUUAUUUGAGCACAUGGAUGAUCCAGAUAUAGAUGUACCGUAUACAAGUGCAAACCCUGUCGUUUCUAACGUAUCAGAAGAAGAUAUUGCGAGUUUAACAGAUAUGGGAUUUCCAAGAACUCGCGUUAAAAAGGCUCUCGCAGAAACAAACAAUAAUGUUGAAAGAGCUGUAGAAUGGCUCUUCAGCCAUCCAAAUGAUGAUGUCGGUGAACAAAACAGUAUUGACGCUGAAACUAUCAAUGCUAAAUUUGGAGAUCCAUCUCUUCCAGCUAAUUAUGAAAUUUCUUGUGUCAUUUCACACAAAGGCACUUCUGUACAUUCUGGUCAUUAUGUUGCUCACGUACGGAAAGAUGGACGAUGGGUUCUUUACAAUGAUAAUAAGGUUAGAAAAUCUCACGGUGAACCGUUUCAAAACAUUAUGAGCUCGAAAAUACCCGAUAAUGCAAAACUAUUAACAGAACCUUCGAAGAAUAAACGUCCUCAUCAACAAACCAAUAAAGACAUAGAAGACAGUGUGGUCAAAGAAGAGACUUUAGAAACAAAAAUUCCAAGUAGCAAUGAAGAGGCAGCUCGUCCAACCAAAAAGAAAUUCACUACAGCCAAUGACCGGAGAAACCACUUAAAAAAAAAUUUCGCAAAAAGAGUAGGACAAAAAGAAGAGUAUCAGCCGAGAAAAUGGGAAAAGAUGACAAAUAAAGAAACAGAUGAAACUCAAAUUAGCUCAGAUGCAGAGGAAGGAUCACAAAGUAAAGACCCAAGAAAACCAAAACGAAAAGUUGCAGCCCUUGUAGGAUUUUGUGGAACUGGGUAUCAAGGAAUGCAAAUAAAUCCAGGUGCAAAAACUAUUGAAGGAGAAUUAUUUAAAGCAUUUGUUGCGGCUGGUGCAAUAUCAACGGCUAAUUCUGAUGAUCCGAAAAAGUUAAAUGUUGUGGAAAAAAUUAAUGAGAAUCUUCCGGAUCAGAUUCGGAUGUGGGGAUAUGCAAAAGUCGUUAAAACUUUUCAUUCGAAAACACUCUGUGAUUCGAGAAUUUAUGAGUAUCUUAUCCCAAGUUAUGUCUUCAUUCAUUCGCCACCGCAACCACCACCAAAUACUCAAUUCAAAUUGACAACUGAAACACCUUCACCGAUAUCACAAGAUUUCACAAUUGAUCGUAUAUCAUUGGAGGACAUUCCAAUAGCCACAGCAGAAGAAAUGAUUGAAAAGCGCAAGUAUCGCAUACCAACAAACAGAUUGGAAACUGUUAGCGACCCAAAAAUAAUACAAAACACUGAAUGGUUAAGUCUUAAAGUACAUGGGCAAUCAUUUAUGUUACAUCAAAUUCGUAAAAUGGUUUCAAUGAUUGUUCUAACAGUACGAAGUGACACACCAUUAUCUCUUAUUGAAAAAACAUUUAGUCUAGACAAAAUCAAUAUACCAAAAGCCCCAGCUUUAGGUUUAUUGCUUGAACAGCCUGUUUUCAAUUCUUAUAAUAAAAAAGCAAAAGAAAAAAAAAAGGAUUUAGUUAGUUUUGAGUUAUACGAGGAAAAAAUUGAUAAAUUCAAAGAUGGAUUUAUAUAUUCAAAGAUCUUUGCGGAAGAAAGUGCAGAGAACACAUUCCAGAAUUGGUUAAAUGUAGUUGAUUAUCAUACCGCGCGUGAUUAUGGGUAUCUUAACGCGGAAGGUAUUAUUCCGGACAGUGCAAUCAUAAAGACUGGCGAGAAACAUCAAAAGGGUAGAAUAAUGGUUAAAUGCGAAGAUGAUGACGACUUCGUUCCUGACGACGAUAAUGAAGAGUGA